AUGAAUCCCCCAGGGGAGGUUAUGUACGACACAUCCUCUUUACAGCCGCGGCGUAGCAUAGGCCAGUUGCACUACGGAUCCGUGGGAGCAGCAGCAGCGGCAGAGGCGCACGAACGGUAUGUUCGUCAGGAGAAGGUAGGCGAAGGCUCUUACGGUGUUGUUUAUAAGUGCCUUGAUAAGCAGACGGGCCGAAUUGUCGCGAUGAAACGUAUCUCAUUGAAGUUAAAGGACGAGGGAGUACCAGCGACGGCGGUGCGGGAGGUGUCCCUACUACGAGAGCUAAACCAUCCACACGUGGUACGUCUUCUUGAUGUCUCCCUACAAGAGUCCAAAUUGUUGCUUAUCUUUGAAUACAUGGAGAAGGACUUACAAGGGCUUCUCAAGCAGCGCUCCACCCCAUUAAUAGGUGGGAAGCUACAGCGCAUUAUGUUUCAACUGCUGCUUGGUUUACACGCCUGUCAUAGUCGUCGCUUUGUCCAUCGUGACAUCAAACCGAGUAACAUUCUCAUUAAUCGUGAUGAAUCUGUUGUAAAACUAGCGGACUUUGGCUUAGGCCGUGCCUUCCGUGUCCCGCUGCAAACAUACACAACGGAAGUUAUGACGCUCUGGUAUCGUGCACCCGAAGUGCUAUUGGGCGAUAGUCACUAUCUUCCCGCGGUGGAUGUGUGGUCUAUGGGAUGUGUACUGGCGGAACUCGCGCGGGGAACUCCCCUCUUUACCGGCGACACCGCCAUCAGUCAACUCUUCGCCAUCUUCCAGCUGCUCGGCACACCAUCGGAGGAAACGUGGCGUGGCGUCUCCACACUCGCACACCACAAUGUUAACUUCCCGCAGUGGCACCCAACACCACUCGCCACCGCCGUUCCGACACUCGACCCGCACGGUGUGGAUCUCCUGCAGCGGAUGCUUGUCUACGACCCACGCCGUCGCAUCACCGCCUACGACGCACUGCGACACAGCUGGUUUGAUGAGGUGCGACACGAGGUGUGUAGUGCCGCUCCUCCCGCCUGA